CCGUCUGCCGUCUGCCACGAGGCGAUGCGCAUUCUACGGCGCGUGCAGCAACGGAACUUGAGGCGCCUGGUUCUCCAGGCUUCAGAAGAGCAGGGCCUUCACACGCAGAAGCUUGCUAUCCAUUAUCGGGAAAGGUGCAAAAUCAAUCGAAGGUAGGAAGACAACAAGCCACAAUGUUUUGAAACAUAUGCAUAGCUGCGGAUAUAGACCUAGCGGCUCCGAGAUUAUCUCAUUUCACACGCAAUGGCGACUAGGUGGCCGUUAUUUCGGCAACCAGCAGUAAGUACAGCAGGAGAAAGAAGCUAUGCUUGUUUAGCUUAUCCCGGGCUGCAUCGCAUAUAUACGCGCAUUACGCAGGCUCGGGUGGAUCGAAUCGAAGGCUUUAAGUUCUCCCAAGCGAAGACCUCCCCUGUCUUUGAGCUACACUAUGAUAAGAGCGUUUCCACCAGUCGAUCCUGGGAUUGUGAGAACGCUCCCAGUGUGGUGUCACAGCCGGGAAUUGCUAUGACAGGCGCCGAACAGGACAGUGUCUACGACAUCAGAAAGAGAUAUACCAAACGAGUCAAAUGAUGAACGGCUGUUUGCCAAUUUAUUUUUAGUCCCUUCAUUACCUACAAGCUCUCUUUGAAGAAAAAGCUUGAAUAAGAGCUUGACACAACAUUCUAAUGCUCCACUUUCA